AUGUUGUUCCUUCUGUAUUGGCUGAAUAGAUUUGUCUUCCCUAAUCCUUCCUCAACAGUUCUGCUUGAGUACAGGCAUCUGGCAGAAGCUUUGCACAGUCACACUGAUGUGAGGCUUGGCCCAACAGUUUACUUCCUAGAAUUGAGGUUCCCAGACAUCAUUCUGCCUGAAGACCAGGUCAUGGCGCUUCCCUUGAUGUCUGCAGAAGUGCCCCAACGCUCCAUUGAAGAGUACAUGAUGUUUUUUAGGCAUUGUACUAAGAGGUCUGCUGCUCAAUGGCAGGUGGUACUUAGAAGAACGUAUCCUUGGUUCCAGCCUUUUAGAGGUGGUAAGCUGCUCAGGGACCUGCCUUUUAGAGGUUGUAAGCCCCCUAACUAUCAUCUAGGCGGAGAGGUCUAUGACCCCAACUUCUGCACCAGACAAUUUGGCUAUCCCCAGCUCAUUCCGUUGAAGUCCUAUAGAAGCUGUAAUCGAGGCACUUCUUGGAGAGAUGCAAAUUAUCUGGACCUGUACAAGGUUUGCAGUUAUGCUGAGUUUGACGCUUGGUGGAAGGCUAGGUUCACUGGUCUACCAUAUUCCAGUUCUGCCAUGAAGGUGCUUUUUGAUGGCUGCGAUUCCUGGGCUGUCUAUGCAGGGGCAGAGGCUAAGAAAUUUAUGGUGCAGAUGAUAAAAGACAUCAACGCCCAAGUAAUUGAAGAUCCUUCUAUGACAAGGAACCUUGGGGGCCAAGCUGUUCAGGCUGGAGAAGUGUUUGCUACUUCUGUUAUUACUGCUGGAGACCUGGAUCUCCCCUUUGGUGAUGAGGAGGAUUAUUAUGAGACUCUAGUAGAACCAAUUGUUGAGGCAACCCCUACCAGAAAGAACAAAAGAAAAAAGACUACUCAGGCUCAGGACAUUGAAAGCGCUUCCCCUCCCUCUAAGGUAAAGAGACUGAGAAAGAGGGUUGUUAGUGAAUCUGAAUGGGCAGAAGAGCCUGCAGUAGUUCCCACUAAAACCACAGAGACUAAUGAAGAGUUGCGAAAGGCCUUUGAAGCCAUAGAACAGGAGAAGGAGGUCUCCAAAGUGGACAAAAAGAAGGAGAAGAAGAAGAAGAGGAAAUUCUUGCUAAAUGACCAGCCCUUUCAGCCCCCUAUUGUAGCUAUGCCCAUCCAUUCCAGUCCUGGUUCAUCAGCCACGACCUCAUUUGCAGAUCCAGAAUUGGAAGAGUUUGAAGCCAUGGAUCUGGAUGCUCAACUGGAUAAGCUUGAGAAAAUUAGUUCUACUCCUGGUAGAGCCACAUCCAAAGUAGUACACGAGGCAGUGGACAGAGUGAAAAUCUGGCAGUCAAAUGAGUUGGACUUGGAUGAGAAUAGUGAAGUUGUUGACCACGAGGCUGUGGACCUGUUGCACAGUGAGAACAUGGCUCCCAGACCUAUCCUUGAGCUCAACCUAGGCCUGGCAAGGGACGUGCUCAAUCCCCACCAUCGUUGUGAAGACCUUAAGCCCUCUUUCAAGGCCUCCGAGUUCUGCAAGGCUACUCAUGAAGCCAAUUUAGGAGAAACCGCUUUUGUGUUAGGCAUUGAAAUUUAG